UGCUCACUCUCUUUCCCCCCGAGAUCUGACCAUCAUGUCUGGCUACUAUCAACAGUUCAACACCAACUAUCCCUACGACGAUGGUCAUGGUGGUCCGUCCUCAUCCAACCACCAAAACCAUCAGCACCCCAACAGCCAUCCCCAGCACCCACAGCAGCAGCCAGGUGGCAACCAUGGUGGCCAGCCAGACCCCAACACAGCGCCUGACGGCGCUUCGCGUCCCCCUCUCCCUCCUGGCGAGCUGGUCUACCUGGGUGAAGGACUGCACGCACAGGCACCCAAGCCGGAGAAGCAUCAGAGCCUCAUGCGAGCCAACCAGGCGGUGCAGAGACCAAACAGCGCCAGACCGAUGUGAGCAGGGGAGGGAGAGGAGGGUGCAUGUGUUAGAAGCACCAAGCAUGGUUGUCUGCCUGUCUGUGUAUGCGUUGUUAGUUUGGGCACUGGUGGGACGACUGGCGGCUCGUCAGCUGCCGGAUGGCCCAACUCGGAGCCGACGACACAGCGAGGUACGCAGCGAACAAGGGCCAACACGCGCUGCAUCACCCUACGUGGGUCUGUGCCUUGUGCGUACGCCUCCCUGGUGCAUGCAGAGAAGUCUGCUGCCCAAGCUGCUGCGGCCGAAGCCCGCCAAUACAGUAGGGGGACGCUCACGCAUCGAUCGACACACCACCCGCACGUGGAUGCAUUCUGUACCCUCCUGCCUCCCUCCCUGUCUGCUUAUGUGUAUGUGUGCAGCCAUGAAGGACGCUCGGUUGGCAAUGCAGAAACGCGCCAAGGAGAAGAGGGAGCAGGAGAUCGCCGAGUUCAGACGCAAGCAGGAAGAGGAGAACCGCAAAUGGUGCGCCACGGGAAGCAAAUCUUCAUAGCAUGUCUGUCACGUUGUGGUGCUUUCCUUCUCGUGCGUCUCUUGUGCAUUAGGCGUGAAAUGGAGCCUCUCUGUCGUGCCAAGUCUGACGCUGUCAAAGGAGAGGUGAGGCAGAGAACAAAAUUCUUGAAACUACCGGCCGUUCGAUUGCUGCGUCAUGUUUGUGUCCGUUUGUGGUCAGGUCCGUGACAUGUGGAGCAGUCGCCCUGACCCUCCCCCUGGCCCGCCUGCCCCUCCUGUGCCGACGAACGAUCAACGUAGGCACAGAAAGCCCUACACAUCUCACACAGAAGCGAAACCAUCAGAGGUCCAUCCAUCGAUGUUUCCUCUUCGCCAUGCAGUGCUGAGGGCGGCCCGGCAGAGAGAGAGGGACCGACGUGAGGCUGAGAUGGAGCAAGAGCGACGGAAGCGAGAAGAGGACAACCGACUCUGGUGCGUGCCCUGCCGCGGCUCUGUCCUACUCAUCUCAUGUUCGGCUGCUUACCGUGCUGCGUUGCUUUGGUGUGAGGCAGGCAAGCGCAGGAGAGGGACAGAGCUGCCAUCCGUGCCGCUAACUCGGCCGUUGUCAGAGGAGAGGUCAGACAACACACAAACAGGCAACAUAGGAGCUCAUCGGCGCCCAUUUGUUUACUGUGGUCUGUCUGUCAGGUGCGUGACGCAUGGAGCAGCCGCCACUCGCCACCCCCACCUGCCCACCCUCAUGUCAACAUGAAUGCACCGCCCGCUCCAUUUCUGUACCAGCAGCCGUCACCUCUGCGCCGCAACAAUCAGGUGAAAACGAAUGGGGGUAACAGAGAGUUUGUGAUGGGAAACUCGCGUGUGUGUGUGUGUGUGUGGUUCAGAAUGGCCGCGAGCCUGAGCCAGAGGACGGGCAGGCAAACGGCGGAUACAGUGUCACCUACAACAACACGGAUGAAGACCAGCUGCAGGCCUGGCUCAAUGCCAACAACCUGGGUGCGUAUUCCGCUGAGAUGCUCAUGGAGCUCGGCUUCAACCUGCCUGUAAGUCGGUGAGAGAGAGCGAGAAGGAGACAAAGAACAGUGGCUGAGUGUUUGCCUGCAGGUUCUCCUGGAGAUUGCUCGUGCCCUCCCUGCCGAUGAGAUCGACGAGAUGCUCGACGAGAUGCUCCUCCAAUACUACGACAUAUUCGGUACCAACGGCCCUAAUGGCGACACGCACCGCUCACUCAUUGUGCUUGAUCGCUGUGUGAGUGCAGAGCGCGACUUUGGCACAUUCCGUGAGGCGAUUCGCCUGGCCCUGCUCACAGGCCACCCCUAUGAACCGCCCAACCAGUAGUGCACCACUCGAGGAGGGAGGGGGGGAGGGAUGUGUGUGCGUCUGGUGUGCCUGUGUGUUCUCGCUGUGUUGGGUUUUGUGUGACGAGAGCGCUUUGGGAGAGGGAGCGAGCGCAUCUUUCGUAAGUAAAUGACAGUUUUUUCGCCGUGCGCUAGGUCGGUCAGGCGCAGAGAACUAAGUCAGACCUGUGUGUGUGUGUGUCCUGACGUUGCCUGUGUUGGCCUGCCUGGGUGUGUCCAUGUACACGUAGAUGUCGUCAUGUUUAUGUGGUGUUGACAUGGCCCCUCGCGUGUCCCUUUGUGUGUGUGUCUGCGUGUUUGUGUGAGUGGAUGGAUUGGCAGGACAGAAACUGAAUGGGCUGAGUGUAAUCGUGGCUCAACGCAUACAGUUUUGGACACGAUUUGGAUGAAUCGAUGGC